UGGUCACAAUUAAAAUAAAAAUUAAUGUUUGGCAUAUUUAUUACAAAUGUCAAAUAAACCAACAUAAUUUAUAAACAAAGAAAAAUGGAUAAAUUAGAAAUACAAGGAUAAUUUAUUUCCAAGGUCCUUCUUGAGCAGUUUGUCGAAUACAUAACCAAUGGUGAUGUCUUUAUCAUGUCAAACUCCAACAGCUGAAGGCAAGCAUUAUGAUUAUACUUACGAAACACCACAAGCAGCUGGCAAGCUUUGCCGUAUUGUAUAACUUCGAAAGAAAACAUAGCAAAUGGAGAACGUUUAAAGUGCACCGAAGGUAGUGAUUCAUACCGCGAACUUUAAUAGUUUAUCUACACAUUCCACAAUAUCGAGUGUUUUGAGUGCCAUUUACCCAGUGUCAUUUGCGCCGUCUCAAUUUCGUAGCAUACUUCAGUACCUUACGGAUCUACCAAACGUACCCUUUCAAUAACCAAAGUCAAUUGUUAUAUAGUUUCCUCUAGUAAGUAAAUUAUGGCCGAUCUUGCGCCACUCUUGGAAGCGAAAGAUAAACGGUUUGAGCCUAAUUUAGGAAGACGAUUUCAUUCUAACAUUAAUAGGAGAUUUUAUACGAAUUCCGUACGAAAACCGUGUUGGAUUUUGCGACCCCUUAGUCUUAGAAGAUGUGUUCUAGCUAUAACCGUACUAUGUAUUUUAUCGAUUAUAUAUUUUUCGCAUUAUACGUUUAACUCGCCAUUAACUAGUUUGAUACAUCGAAACACUAGACCUGAACCAAAUAUUAAGUGCAGUAUUAUGAAUGGACCACGUUUGCCUCAGAAUCAUGAUCAUAAGACGGAAGCGCGGUUACGGAGUGACCCCAAGGUCCUUGUCUUUGUGGAGACGAUGUAUUCGAAACUUGGACGGGAAAUUGCCGAGCUUUUGGUGUACACUAGGAUUAAGUACAAAGUUGAAGUCUCCGGUAAAAGCUUGCCCGUUCUAACUAAUCUGGAUAAAGGAAGAUAUGGAGUUAUUGUUUUCGAGAAUUUCAAUAAGUAUCUGCAAAUGGAUAACUGGAACAGGGAGCUUUUAGAUAAAUAUUGUCGGGAAUAUAUGGUGGGAGUGAUUGGGUUUAUUAAUCCCAGUGAGGAAACGCUAAUUGGUGCACAGCUGAAAGGAUUUCCUUUGUUUAUUUAUACCAAUUUAAAACUUAAGGUAUGAGGAUAUGCCGAGGGGUUGAACAUCUACGUUUUAGUGUGCAUCAUAUUUAACAUUUACCUGAUCGUUACUAUUUCAUUUUGUGUUGUAAUUGAAUUGCACCUUUAACGCCCAUAUUAUAUUAAUACUUUAAAAGGAUUUGUUUAAUAUGUUUAGAUUGAUGUACGCAGUGUAUACAUUCAUUCUUACACAUGCUCAAUAUGGUACAUGUACAGGGUAUUAAAGUGACCAAAAAGUUUCCAAACAUUGUUAUUUUACGAACUAUCAGCGGCGCCCCAAAAAAAGUUCAGGGGUAGAAAAUUGAACAUGACCCAUGAAAAUGCAAUACCCUGUAGACCCAUGAUGUAAAUCCUUCCGCUUAACUUAUAUUCCAAAUUUGAGCAAAACUGCAGAAGAUAUAAUGAAAAACCUUAAAAUAUUUUGAAAUUUUAACACUGUAUAUCAAGUAACGAGGCGUUUGCGGACCUAUGUUAAUAUGAACUUUUGGUAAAUAAUCCAAGGAAUUAGUCCCUUCCUUAUUUAGGAACACCCUGUAUAUUUUAGAUUUAGUUUAAUGGUCCCACUUAUUGUUCUGUUGGUGUGUUCACCUCUAUUCCACCAUCUGUUCCUUUAACUAGUUUCUUGUAUUGUA